UGUGCAAAAUAACCUUUCCGUGAAAGGGAGGUCACUGUCCAUGGUGCUGAAACGGUCAUUGGUCUUCUGUUUUGGGUGGUAAAGGACUAUUUGGAUUUUUGCUAUUAUGUAUUGACAGUGGAAUUGAACUGUUCUACUGAUGUAAAAAGUUGAUUUAAAUAUACAUUUUUAUCUCUCUACUUGUCUCCCCCUUGAAAACGACAUCUGGCAGUUUCCUAUAUAGACAAUCAAAUUGGUUUAUUCACUCACUAACAGCUGUCCUUAUUACAAACCUUUAUCAACAGUGUUUCUACCUAAGUACAGUCAUUUCAUCAUGACAUGUUCCCCAGUGUUUUUCACUUCACAUUAUGCAGUUCUUAUCACGAGCACAUGUAUUCAAAUUGGACGAUAUCACGUGAUGGUUUCAGAUUUGAGACAUUGGUCACUGAUUAAUAUACAGUUAUAUUUGGCAUUUCCUGACUACCAUCACAAAAGUCAGUGAUAUCAAUAAAAACAAUCAAUAAGCAACGCAUGGUGUCGCUGUAGACCACAGAUCGGAGAGAAGUCACUGAUAAUCCAAGACUCCUCCUCUGAAUAAAAUACAAUCGACGCCUGUCCCGAGCGCAUUGUCAUGAGAAACACUCGAAUGAUCGUGAGACGGAUGGCUGGGUUGUGUGGAUCUCUUUCAUAACGGAUUUUUCUGGUUUUAAUGGAUAGGACCUAUGUGACUUUAACUCUGAUAUAAUUUGCUUUAUACAAGCAGCGAUGGGUCGUCGAAGACAUACAGAACGCGUUUGGAUCCUGUGCGUCGCGUUGCUUUGUUUAUUUGACUGGUCUGCAGCGCAGAUCUCUUACUCCGUUUCAGAGGAGGUGGACAAAGGCACGUUUGUGGGGAAUCUGGCUAAGGAUUUAAACCUUAAUGUUCAGGAACUGGAGUCGAGGGGUCUGAGGAUUGUAUCGGGACACAGCAAGAUGUAUCUUGAGGCUAAUUUGAAAACGGGGAUUCUGUACGUUAACGAGAGAAUUGACAGAGAGGAGCUUUGUCCAAAUAUGGUAAAGUGCUCUUUAAACAUAGAGGCCAUACUGAGCCAUCCUAUGCUUCUCCACCGUAUUGAGGUGAAUAUUUUAGACAUCAAUGACAAUGCGCCGGCCUUUGAUGAAACAUUGCACACAUUUAAUAUAUCUGAGUCAUCAUCAAAGGGCGAACGAUAUUUGCUUCCUCUCGCAGUUGACGCAGAUACGGGCAUUAACUCGGUAAACAGCUACAAGCUGAGCCCGAAUGAACACUUCUCCCUGGAUGUACAGAGCGGUGGAGAGCAGAGUGUGUCUGCUGAGUUAGUGCUGCAGAAAGCUUUAGACCGAGAGAAACAGCCCGUUAUAAAGCUCACACUGACCGCUGUAGAUGGAGGAAAACCUCCUAGAUCCGGGACGUUACAGAUCAUUGUUAACGUGAUUGAUGCAAAUGAUAAUUCACCUACUUUUAGCAAACCGCUGUAUAAAGUCCGAGUAAAUGAAAAUGCUCCGUUUGGAACUGUAGUCGUAAAACUUAUUGCCACAGAUUUAGAUGAAGGGGUUAACGGUAAGAUUGAAUAUUCCUUUAUCAAACGUGCCAACUUGAACCCGUCUGUUUUAUUUGAUAUAAAUUCAGAAACAGGUGAAAUUAUGGUCAGGGGGAAUUUGGAUUAUGAGGGAAGUCCUGCAUAUGAAAUUCGAGUGCAGGCGACAGACCAAGGCUCCUCCCCCCGUAGUGCACACGGUAAAGUGUUAGUUGAAGUUAUUGAUGUCAAUGACAAUGUCCCUGAAAUAUUGGUGACGUCACUCAUGAGCCCAGUCAAAGAGGAUGCUGAGAUAGGGACAGUGGUCGCCUUGGUGACAGUAACUGAUAAAGACGGAGGUAAAAACGGCCUCACCAAUUGUAAGCUUGUUGGAUCUGUUCCUUUUAAUUUGAGAUCGAACUACAAAAACUAUUAUUCCUUAGUGGUCGACGGGCCUCUGGACAGGGAGAGCGCUUCUCAGUAUAAUGUCAUCAUCACAGCUACUGAUGAAGGGACCCCGCCUCUCUCCAGCACCAGCGUUAUUACAGUACACGUUUCUGAUGUAAAUGACAACGCUCCUCGCUUCUCAGAACCCAUUAUUAAUGUUUAUGUGAAAGAGAACAGUCCGGUAGGAGACGUCAUUUAUACAAUAUCUGCUUUUGAUCCAGAUUCAGAUGAAAAUACGAAGAUGACGUAUUUGCUAUUAGAUAAAAGCGUUUCAAUAUCAUCAUCUGUAAAUAUAAACUCAGAUACUGGAGAUAUAAUCAGUCUGCAGUCUUUUAACUAUGAGGAGAUGAAAACUUUCCAGUUUAAAGUUCAGGCCACAGACUCUGGUGUUCCUCCACUCAGCAGCAACGUGACUGUGAACGUUUUUAUCCUGGAUGAGAAUGACCACAGUCCUGGGAUUCUCGCGCCCUAUUCUGAACACGGCUCCGUUAACGCUGAGAACGUUCCCUAUUCUGCUGAAGCGGGCUACUUUGUGGCCAAGAUCAGGGCUGUAGACGCCGACUCUGGCUACAAUGCGCUGCUUUCAUAUCACAUCUCUGAGCCCAAGGGAACCAACCUCUUCCGAAUCGGAACCAGCACCGGGGAACUGAGGACUAAGAGGAGAAUGAGUGACAAUGACCUGAAAACUCACCCGUUGGUCGUGUUGGUUUCUGAUAACGGAGAACCCUCACUGUCAGCGACUGUGUCUAUUGAUGUAGUGGUGGUUGAAAGUACAGGUGAAAUCCAGACUCAGUUCAGAAAUGUACCGAGAAAGGAGGAGAACUUCUCUGAUUUAAACCUGUAUUUGCUGAUCGCCAUUUCCUCGGUAUCAGUGAUAUUUUUACUGAGCCUCAUCAGUUUAAUAGCUGUAAAAUGCCACAGGACAGAGGACAGUUUCAGAAGGUACAGCGCCCCAAUGAUCACCACACACCCUGACGGAAGCUGGUCUUACUCUAAAUCUACUCAGCAGUAUGACGUGUGUUUCAGCUCAGACACACUGAAGAGUGACGUAGUGGUUUUCCCCGCUCCGUAUCCACCUGCAGAUGCAGAACUGAUCAGUAUUAAUGGAAAUGACACGUUUAACAGGACUCAGACGUUACCCAACAAAGAGGAGGUAAGAUCUAUUGACUAUUUUCUAUUGAAUUAUAUGUGAAUUACUCCAUUGAACUCCUUGCAGUCAAAUAAUAUUGUUUUAUAAGUUCCUCUUACCUUGAAAAAAGCCAUCCAUCCACUCGAGAGUUGUCACAUUGGUUUUGUUUUGCAUUGUGCGUCUGGCCUUCAUUCUUCAUUGAGCGAGUUUUGCUGUCCGUGGUCCUGAAAGCAUGCUAUACUUCAGAGCUGAGGAUUCGUAUUAAUGAUCUAUAAGAUAUGAUUGGACUUCUACGGCGCUGUACAAUAGUGUUGCGCUUCAGGGAUGUGUAAUCUGAAUGUGAAAUCUGUCAGAUCAGAUUCCACAUUGUAUGUAGGCUAUUUUGAGAAAAUAGACAGGAGUGUAUACAAUGUAUGGGAAAUAUUCAGUUACAUCAUGUUGCAGCUUAAUCAUACAGCUACAGGAUUACCAUUGACGUUGUCAGCCUAAAGGUCCGUGCUGUAUAUUUAUCCAUUUCAAAGUGUAUAUUUCUUCCCUGAGGUGAAGUAUUACUAAGUGCUGUCCAUGGUGCUGCAGCCGUUGUUGCUCUUUGCUAAUUAGGGGCAGUGUUCUUUUUGGAUGGAUUCUUGUCACUGGUGUAAUGGAAUAGAUGCUAAGUGGAAUUUACGUUAGAGAAAAGUGUUUCAGCAAU